AUGGCUGCAACCUCUCUUGCACCGACCUCCUUCGAGGCGCUUCAAUCCGAACUAACCCAUGAUAUCAAAGUAAAGGUCGCAGGCAUCGAUGUCGAUGGUGUGUUGCGCGGAAAGUUCAUGUCUAAGGAGAAAUUCCUCAGCGCCGUGAAGUCUUCGGACGGCUUUGGAUUUUGCAGCGUUAUCUUCGGCUGGGAUAUCCACGACACCGUCUACUCCCGAGAGCUCCUGAUCUCCAACAAAGCGAACGGAUAUCGAGAUGUCAUUGCUAUCAUAGACUUAUCGACGUUCCGUCGUAUUCCAUGGGAGCAUAAUGUUCCAUUUUUCCUGGUUUCUUUCUUAGAUCCUGACACAAAGGAGCCUUUAUCUGUUGAUCCUCGAGGGGUGCUAGACGUCACUACCAAGAAGGCCAGGGAAGCAGGAUAUGAAUGCUUCUCGGGUGUAGAAUAUGAGUACUUCAAUUUUAAAGAAACGGCCCAGUCUGCCUCCGCGAAGGGCUUUACUGAUCUUCAACCUUUAACCCCUGGAAUGCAUGGUUAUUCUCUUCUUCGAACGCAACUCAACAAUGAGUACUUCCAUGAUCUUUUCAACGAGAGUGUCGCAUUCGACGUACCAAUAGAAGGGCAUCACACCGAGACUGGCCCGGGUGUCCUAGAGACUGCACUUGCGUAUACCUCUGCCCUCAGAAUGGCGGACAACGCUAUCUUGUUUAAGUACACGGCGAAAAGUGUCGGGAUUAAGCAUCAAGUAAUACCCAGCUUCAUGGCCAAACCUUGGGGUGGUCUUCCUGGUUGUAGCGGACAUGUUCAUAUCUCUCUACGAAACAAGGAAGGGCGGAAUAUAUUCGCUGUUUCUGAUGCUGAACUGAAGACUGGUCGCGCCAACGCUACCAACGAGGAUACAAGGUUCAUUAGCCAAGAAGCAGAAUGGUUCCUUGCUGGAAUUCUUGACGGGAUUGCAGACGUCAUGCCUACGUUGGUACCAACGAUCAAUGGAUACAAGCGCCUGGUCGGUGGAGAAGCUUUCUGGGCGCCCAAUGCCGUGACAUAUGGGUAUGAUUCUCGAGCAGCGUCCAUUCGAAUUAUUUCGCCGCCUUCGUGCCCACCUUACGCCUCUCGUAUGGAAGUCCGUAUACCUGGCGCGGACAUGAACCCAUACUUCGCCCUUUCGGCCAUCUUUUUGUUGGGAUUAAGGGGCAUUAGGAAGCAGCUGCCUCUUCCUUGCCCGCCCAUAACCCACUUUACACCGGAAGAUAGGAAGACAGGGAAGAUCAAGAUGCUCCCAACCUCUCUGGAGGGUGCCACCGUCAAGAUGAUGGCCAGAGAAAGCAUUGCUCGUGAGGUAUUUGGAGAUGACUUUGUCGAUCAUUAUGGUGGCACUAGGGAGCAUGAGGUGAAGCUCUGGAACGAGGCUGUUACUAACUGGGAGAUCGAACGAUACCUGGAGUUGGCUUAG